AUCUCCCUGCGGGAGGAAGGAGUCGGAGGGGUUGCCGGGCGGUCUUGGGGCGGCCCCGUCGCCGCAGAGGGGGUCUGGGCAGCGCCGCGGAGGCGGCGGGGGCUGCUGCGGCGCUGCCGAUCCGCGCUGCGAGCAGCGUGUCCUGGCUGAGACGGGGUGGGGGGAAGCCGCCUGCAUCCUGCUCUGGGCUCUGACAGGGCCAGCGCCCUGAGAAAGCUAGAGAGCAAAGGAAAAUAAAUGUGUAUUUUAAUUUUCAUGUGUGGAGAGAAGGGAAUCUGGAAAAAAAAAAAAAAAAAAACCAAAGUAUAUAAACACCAAAUUUCACAUGAAUAAUUGAUACGAAAGAAUCUUUCUAGUAGCAGGGAGGAGGAAAGGGUUAGUAUAUUUCGAUUCGGGGUGGGGUUUUGUUUUGGAUGGAGCAUCCUUGCUGGAGACCCCUCUGUCUGCUGGUGCACCUCAGGAUGCUACUUGUGUCUGUGGUAAAUGGUCAUAGUUAAAGAUGUCCAGGGUUAAUGGAAUGAAUCUUCUACCUUGUCAGAGAAACUGAUUUCCCAGUGGGUGACACUUACAGUCUAAUGAUCAUCAUAUGAUGAUACUUAUGCUGGGUUAGUGCCUGUGCUCUGAGCAGAAAGUUAAAUGCAGGUGUUGCCAACACAUCUAGAUUUUUCAGAUAAGCUGAGGCUGGUUACUUGAGCACUUACUAGGGAAGCAUGAAAAUUCACUGGUAAGGUAGGAUUAACUUGAUUAGGAGUGGGGGAAUGAGUUAUUGUCUUAGUCUUAAUGAAGGUAGAUUGCCUUAAAAGGCUACAGUUUUGCCUCAGUCUUCUCUAACUUCCAUAAACAAGGCUGAAAAACAGACCAAAUCUGAGAGCACAUAGGCCUAGAUUUUUCCACCUUUUCACUAAGGAAUGGGCAUACGUAUGCUUAAGGAUGGGAAGGCAUGUGUGGAUAUGCAAAAUAGAUAUGCAGAUUGAACUGGAUAAAAGUAAUUAUGAAACUAUAUAUUUUACCUGCCUGUGAAGACUUCCCAGUCACUGGUAAAUUGAAAAUCUGUACUUGUAUAUGAUAAUGACCUGUUAGGCAGUUAUAAUGCUAGCAGGUCUUCAGAUGAGCUUCCAUUAUGACCUUCCAGGAGGUGGGUGAGGCAGGUGAAUCAGAAUUCAAAGAAAAUCUCUUCAGCUGAGGAGGAGAUUGGUCUUAGGGAGUCAUCCACCAUGUCUGUUCAAAGAAACAUUGCAGUUGCAUCCAACACAAUGGUUUUUGAGGCAUAACGGGGUUUCCAAAAAUCCCUGAGUGAUCUGAGGAUGUGCUCAAGCCUAAAGCAGAAAUUUCUGUCAAUAGUAACUAAAUAGAGUUUGCAUUAGGAGGAGGAGAAGCAGCAAGUGGUAGAAAUGGUAAGGAGGAUGUGAGUGCUAAAUGAAUGUCAGGUAAACCAUCAGAACAGAGGCUUAACUAGCAAACCUCAUGACAUGGAGUAUAGGAAGGCUCAGGGUAAAGUGGACCGAAUCCCAGGUGCUCCAAGUCUUAAAUCAAGAGAUGGGUCUGCUGAGAGAAAUUUAACAGGGUCUUGGGUGCUUGUCACUGUAGUCAGGAGACUGGGAGAAUGAUAAACACUAGUUUGAGAGUUCUGUGAUUUAUGAUACUUCUCUCCUGUGCUCUUAUUUCAAACAAAGCUAUUGGCUUUGAUUGGAUCAGCACUAUCAGUUGAAAGGAUGGGCCAAAUGCUAAAAAUUUGGCAUCAGCUUCCUUUUGUGAAGGUAGAGAUGGUUAUACAUUCUAGUAGCUGCUAUGUAUAUACUUCUUGCUUAAGGCCUUUACCUUACAGGAAGAUACAGUAAGAAGCACUCUAAAUGGGUGAUUAAUAUAUACAAAUGGUGGCAAAAGGAACUCUUGUAUUUGCUUUUCCACAGAGACAAAAAUCUAUGUACUUAGUGUCAAGGAAGGGGAAAUCAAGGGCUGGUGUCUGGACAGGAUGUCUAGAGUAAAAAACAUAGUUUGAGAUACAGCAUAUUAUAUACUUUCAUUUACUUUGUAGCCACUGAGUAUUGUUGCCAAACCUACAGAUUUUUCUCUCCUAUUGAUGCUCUUUUCUCCUGGUGAACUUCACACUCCUAGGACAUUUGUGUGACCUGUUAGGUUAACCCAGUUCUUCUGAAUGUGUGUGGACUUUAUUCAGCAAGGCUAGCAAUACGUGAGUACUACAGAAGCAUGAAUUUGCUUGGACAAUGAAGCAAUAAAUUCCACAUCCAGAGAAAGCCAGCUAGUUCUGGAAACAGUACUGAUGGUGUAAAUGCUGUUUGCUGGCUAGAUUCUGUCAAAAGAUAUGAUGAAGAGAUAGCAUGGAGGCAACUUGCAAUCUGCAAGGAUUUUGGAGAAAAAAAAAAAAAGAGAUUUUACAUAUAGACUAAGGGAUUUUUAGUAGAAUCAAGAUUUUAAUGCCCAGGAAGGGGUCAAAGGGGUACUAAUCAGCUUCUACUGUGAAACACAACAAAGUAUAAGCCAUAAGCUACUACUUCUACCUCAGCUUGGGCUCUACAGAAAUACAACUUUGUUGUAUUAGUAGGAUCAAAUAGAAUAAGGUGUCUAAGUACCAUAACUGACAAAACAAACUGACUUUAGAAACCUGAUUUUGAGGCUGUAUCUGGGUUCAAGGGUCUCAGGGUUAUAAAGAAGCUGGAUGAAGCAUAGUGACAGGCCCAGGCAAUAAACAAGAGGUACCAGUUUCAGCAGGAUUAGCCUGUUUAUACAAGCUGGGCAGCUGAGUGCUGAACAAAGCAUCUUCUCCCAUCUAACUCUUGUCAGUUCUGGUUGAGGACAUAGACCAUUCUAGUUUCCCCUCUUCUGGGAGGAUGUGUCUUGCAUAUGCUAUGGAGUGUUUGAGGAUGAAGUCUCAGCUGAAAUGCCCUGUAGACCUUUACAUCCAAACUAUCUGUGGGAUAUAUUUUAUAAAGCUUCAUAGUUAAUGCAUGUCACCUUAUCUCAAAGCUCAGCCAUUACAGGGCCAGUUAAAUACAGACUAUUGGCCUGCAAGCUGAAUUUCCUGCUGUCGUGUCAGUUCGUAUUGUAUCCUUAAGCAAUAAGAUGAGAGGUGACAUACUUGAUGAUGAUUACCUCUUGAACAGAACAAGUAUGUCUGAGACAGGAUAAUAGACCUUUAACUUAAGUCAGGAGGCUUCAUGAGAAUGUCAACUAGGUACUAGCUCCUCCAGCAGUGUACUCAGCUCUUAAUGCUGAUGUGUGACAGAGCAGCAAGUCUCUUCCUGUGAGAACUCUCAUACACCUGCUCUAUGGCUAAAAUGUGUAUGGAUGAGACCUUCCUAGGAAGGGACAGGACAAGUUGGGAACGCUAAGGAUGGAGUGUUAAUAUUGCAACCUGUAUUUUUAUUUUAGGCAUCUUCUAUGGUCUCUCAGAAUAGGGGGGUUUGCCCUUUAAGGGAGAGCACAAAGGUCACUGUAUGAGUAAGAUCUGCUAUUCAAGCUACUAGCAAAUUAGUUCUAUCUGCAAACAGCUGCUAGCCUGACUGAUGGAAGGUAAAAUCUAGAGCAGGAUGGAAGGCUGAUUAAAUGCUUCUGACAGAUGAAAGCAUCCCCAUAAUAUGAUAUCAAGACCAUCAUGGAGAUGAAAAAUUAGAGAGCGCCUGGUCAGGAUUACUUUAGAGUCUGGAUUUAGGAGCAAUAACAUAGACUUCCUCAUAUGUACAUCACAAAUAUGUGUAAUUACAAUUACCAACAGGGAAACUUACUGCACAACAGUUAUCUGUGAAACUUGGCUAGCUGAAGGAGCUGCAAUGGAGCUCUGAAAAUCCUAGUUAAUACUUUAUCUCUGCUAUAGAUCUUUCUGUACCAUCUUCUUGUGUCUUAGUUAUUCAUUGUCUUUUUUGCUGCAUAUACAAGGGGAUCUGGGGCCUUUGGUAAUGACUAACCUUGAAGGCAAGAGUAACCCUUGUAUUAAGCAGUAUGCUUCAUAACACCCAAGGGCUAAAAUUGCUGUGGAAGAUCCUGCCCACAUAAGACAUGGCAUAAAAUGGAGGUGAGCAUCUCCCAAGCUGUUUAUGAACUCUUCCACUUGUCUUUAAACAGCUACAGCAAGCACAGGUGACCACAAUCUCAUCAUGUCUACUGAAGCUGAAACUACUACUGUCAACAGGCAGCCUGAGCAACAGGCUCCACCAAAAGCACAACCUUCAAAGAAGGAAAAAAAGAAAGGGCAAGAAAAGACAGAUGAAUCUCUCUUGACCAGAUUCAAAGGUGAUGGUGUAAGGUACAAAGCUAAACUCAUUGGCAUUGAUGAUGUCCCAGAGGCAAGAGGAGACAAAAUGAGUCAGGAUUCAAUGAUGAAGCUGAAGGGAAUUGCAGCGGCAGCCCGUUCCCAGGGUCAACACAAACAGAGGAUCUGGGUGAACAUCUCCCUCUCUGGUAUCAAGAUAACAGAUGAGAAAACUGGGGUCAUCGAGCAUGAGCAUCCAGUAAACAAAAUCUCCUUUAUUGCUCGGGAUGUAACAGACAAUCGUGCCUUUGGCUAUAUAUGUGGAGGAGAAGGCCAGCACCAAUUUUUUGCCAUAAAAACAGCACAACAGGCUGAGCCUCUGGUUGUUGAUCUUAAGGACCUCUUCCAACUAAUAUAUAAUAUGAAGAAGAAGGAAGAAGACAACAAGAAAAAGAGUGAAGAAGCAAGCAAGAUUGAGAGUUGUACCGAAGGACUACCUGCUGAUCAAGCUGGCAAAGUGAAACUGGGAGUUGACCAGAUGGACUUAUUUGGGGAUAUGUCAACACCUCCUGACAUGAGCAAUUCCACAGAAGCUAAAGAGAUUCUGUUAGUGGAUCUAAAUUCUGAAAUUGAGACCAAGCAGACUUUUACAAAAGAGGAUCUCUUCUUGAAUGGCAUCACAACCUCUCUUCCACAACAAAAACCACAGCCACACUUCUUGCCUGAGAGUUCCUUCACUACCAAUCUCAGCUUCUUUCCCACACCUAAUCCAGACCCUUUCAGUGAUGAUCCUUUUGCACAACCAGACCAAUCUGCACCGCCUUCGCUUGAUUCUCUAAAAUCUGCUGAUCAGAAGAAGGAAAGUCUGAAUAACUUGACAUCGGUGGGUAAUGGUGCUUCAAAUGGUGAUAUUGACUACUUUGAUAAACAGUUUGACCAGAUUUCUAAUAGAACUGUCAAACAAGAAGCACUAAUAAGGCAGUGGCCACUUGAGAGUAAGUCGCCUACAACAAGAACUCCAAAUGGGGUACCAGAGAGAGAACAGAAUGGCUUUCUUAAAGCCCCAUCAAACCUGUCUGUGGAAGGUCCUUCCAAAGAAGUGUCCCUGCAAAAUGGAGUAAAGCUGGAUUCUGAAAGCAAUGUCCAGCUCAUGUCAUGUGAGUCUAUAACAAUUAGCCCACCACCACAAAGUACCAAGCCAGGAAGAGGAAGGAGGUCUGUCAAGACUGCAUCGAAUUACUUUAGUUCAGACUUCUUUGUGCCGACUACAGAGACCAUUGGUUUGACGUUGGUGGCACAAACAGGAACUGUGCCAACUAGUCCACUGAACCUCUUCAAAACAAGUCAUACCACAGCACCUGAACUGGCUGGUCUAGGUGGCUUGCCAGUAACUUCAUCACAAUGGAGUGCGGAGACACCUGCCUUCACUCAGGCUGCAUCAGUCUUUUGUGGGUCUGUGAUGCCUGUUCAGUCUAAAGGAUUUACCCAACCACUUGCCUUUGGUCCUCAGGCAGUGCCAAUCUGGAACCAGACUGCAUCUUUUGGUCCAGCAGCCCCUCAGUCUUCUGCCCUCUGGGCACAGCCGGCACAAGUCCGAUCUAGUUCAUGGGCAAACCCCUCCUGUGUUGCAAGUCCUUUCCAGAGUAGUGUGUUCCCAUCUUCAACACUACCUGCUCAGACAUCAUCUGUACUGCCCUCCACUUCAAUAACAACUAGACCACCUCAGCCACCACCUAGAACUGUACCUCAGAAGGAGCUAUCCAAGAAAGAGAGCGAUGCUUUUGUUGCUCUGGAUCCACUUGGUGAUAAAGAGAUGAAGGAUGUCAAGGAAAUGUUCAAAGACUUCCAGCUGACAAAGCCACCUGCAGUACCAGCAAGGAGAGGAGAACAGCAAAGCCUUUCAGAACCACCUAAGCCUGUUCCCCGACAAAGUGUUCUACCAGCUGAUGACCUGUUUGAAAGUCAAGCUAAAACAGACCUUUCCAGUGCCUCAUCUAAAGAAUCUCAGAAACCACCUUCUGAUCCUUUUGGAGAUCCUUUUGGCAACCUAUUUUCAUAGAUCGGGCAUAACUGGAAAAGGAUAAAUGGAAUAACUGGACCUCUUCUCAACAUGAUUUUUCUACAUGUUUCACUUUGCUGUCUGCCAAUCUUGCUGCCGUUCCAUGAUGUCUGUAAUCUAAAACACGUCCAGGUGGAUUGAAGCACGAGCCCCACAAAGAACAUGCUGUGAAUAUGAUAAUUCAGGGCAAAUCAAACAGAGUUGGACUCAUGCUGGAGACCCAAAUUCAAAUCAGUGGAUGUUAACUUUACUUUAGUUCUUUGCAAUCUUCCAUAAAAAAGCUUAGCAACACUAAAUCACAUGUAAACCCAGUCACGACAAUUCCUCUUUCUGUAGCAAUUACUGUCCUAAAAUACAGGAACUGAAUGUACCUGAGGAAGAAGUGUUGCCUUCAGAUAAGGGAACUGAAUUAGUAGUUAAAACUUCACACCUUAAACAACUGGCUCAGUUGCCUGUUAUCAAAACAGCAGACAGUUGUAAAGUUAAGUGGAUACUACUCAAUUCUAAUUGAUGACUGAACAUAUGGUUUGGUCUCUGAGCCACAAACAUGUAAACUGUAUAGUAAGGGGAAAAAAAACUUCAGCACUUGUCUAUUUAACUUUAAUUGUAAAAGUAUCAUUCUGUCAUAAAUGUGGAAUAAGGGGAUUACACAUUAGGACUAACAGAGCUGCUGGGGUCCUGAGUACUAAAGGUCUACACUGUAGGGUCAGAUAAGCUGAAACACUUCUUGCAGAACACUGAGGUAGACAGACACUAACUUUUCUCUUGGUGCUAAUAUGUUUCUUUUCAGGGAGGGAAAUCUACUAGGAUUGCUUUGCUGUUAAGAGGGCUUGGUAAACAAGUGGAACAAGCAGAUAGGCUUCUUGCAUAUAUUAUCAGUGAACAUCCCUGUUGUUGCUCAGUUUAAGUUGUCACGUUGUGUAGUGUGGCAUGUUUCCAGUAUGUUAGAAAGCAAAAAGACAAUCAUGGCUUCACUCAACACCUAGAGUCCUUGUGAACAGAUACAUCACCUCUGUGCCACUAAUGUGAGGUAAUUCUUCAUCUCUUGAAAACUGCAUUUUCUAAAGAACAUCUUUACUAACAGAUCUUUAAGUCAGUUGGUUAUAACUCAUUGUAACGUCUACAUUUGUGGUCAGUGGUGGCAGCAGAUGUCAGAGGUUUCUAUGUUAAUACUAAGUAUAAACUUGAAAUAAUAUUGUUAAAUCAAAUGCCUGUGCAGUUGCUGGAGAGUAAAGAAAGUCCACUUGAAUACAGACUUAGUACCCAACUCAGCCUGUCAUGCAAUUAGUCUUGUAUAUAAACCUCUCUUGCACUUUCUGUAAUGCAAAAAAGCUAUGAAUUUAAGUAUUUGUCUCAAACUGGAAAUGGAGAAACUUAUAGAUGUUACACUGUUAUACAAAACUGUAGUAUCUCAAGUGAUGUUACCUAAUGACAUUAAACAGAAGCAACUCUUCAUACCAAACAAA